AUGGCCCACCUCAUCAAGGAGAUCGUCAGCAGAAACAAGAGGCGGUACCAGGAGGACGGCUUCGAUCUGGACCUCACCUGUAUCCUUUCAGUACCUGCGAAAUUCUAAUUCACCCGGGUCCGCUUACAGGAGCGUGUCCGGAGGGGCCCGAGGGGAGGCUCGGGCCCCCCCAAUACAAAUCUGAUUCUAAAACCAUCAUAAACCAUAACUGGUCAGUUACCUGUACUUAAGUUCUCAUUAAUAUAAACCAACUGGUCUCACUGUGGGACCCACUUUAUCCCAUGAUCCUUCAGUCGUGACCCACUUUUAUAAAAUUCAAACCAAACAAAUUUAUGUUUUAGAAAAAUAAAAAACCUUUAAAGACUCAAAUCUUUAACAGAAAUUCACUGUUUUUAUUGAGUAAAGUGUAUUGCAGAAAACGUGAACUGAGGACGACAACUACCAAAGUUUCGUAUACAGAAAAUAUCAAGUCGCACAAAAAGGAGACCAGGAAAAUGAAAAGCUUAACUUAUUUGUAUCUCUGCAUUCAGUACAUACUUAGAAGAACUGGCGGAGGACCAAAGUGAAUAAAUAUCAAAUUAAACAAAAUAAAGACAAAACAACUUAAUAUUUUCUGCAUUAAGGCCACUUUAAUUAGAAACCGAGGAGGACCAUGGCAUAACGCACGCCUUUCAAAAUAAGCUAUUUUUCAAAAUAAAAGACAUGUCAAACAUCAGAUGUGCAUUAAAUAUUUACUUUCUUGACCAGCUGUUUGUGACCCACCAGUUGAGAACCACUAAUAUAAACCAGUAUGAAGGCUGGGAGCUAAGUUUGACUUUUAUUGUAGGACAGAGUCGGUUCUGUAAACUGAAGAUAAAUAUCUCUCAGAUCUGUUUGAUGAGGAGAUGGAACUACAGAGAUCCCUGAGGUUAAUUAACAUUUCAUUAUUUCAGUAAAUGUCCAAACAUUGUACUUAACAUGUAAAAUAUCUCACAGAGCGCUCUAAUGUUCACAAAAGUUUAAAAAAAUACGGUGAUACAUAAAAUUAAUAAUUAUGGGAACAAGUAUUAUGUUGUGUUAUGUAUAUUGUAGAAGAGAUAAACCUAUAACAACUGUGAAAUAUUUCAUAAAACACAAAUAGCUAAUCACAGAGUGUAGAAAGUGUUUGUGAAAUACAAUUUACACUGCUGUAAAUAUAAAAUAUUUCCCAAAACAAAAGUACCCCAGGACAAAAAAUUCACAGAAAAUAUUAUAAUUAAAUGUUUUUUUAUUAAUUAUUUAAACAUUUUCUAAAUUGGUUUGCCUUUCUGGAGUUACUUUUAUGAAUUGUGAAACACUAACUUUGACCCUGUUUCUCAUGAAAUUUGUUUUAUGGUUAGAACAAUUUUGUGCAGUUAACCUUCAGGGCUACUGUAAAGUCAGUCCAUCAAAAUUUGUAAUUAAACUCCUGCACACUGUCCCAAUUAUCAGAAAUACAUUUAUUGGUAAUGUGUUUUUACAGAAAUGUUGACAAUAGUUUUAUUUUUCACAGCUAGACAGUGUGUAUGAGUUAUCUUUCUGUUUUAAAAGUACUUUUAAGUGACUUUACACUAAUUUUCUUUCCUUUGAGUCUUUAAAUAUGACAUUUAAAGACAGUGAUGGUUAGUUGUUACUUGUAGAGUUAUUUUAAAGUUAGAGAAACGUACACAGGAACAAAAAAAAAAUGCAUGACACUUGUUUAAAGGCAAGUUAGAUAUGAUUAAUGGAGAAACAUUGGUGAAAAAGUAUUCUUCACUUGGGUUAGUGCACUGCAGGUGUCUCAAUGAAGCCCCCCAUUCUAAAAGUCUCGACACGCCCCUGUCUGGUCCGCCAACGUUAAGCUUGUUUCCGUCCAAUAUGAAGACAUAUCUAAAAUGAAUGAGACCUGUAAUUAAUGUGUGCUAAAUUAACCAAAGAGGACCCACAGAGCUGCUGCUCGCGUCAGGGUCGGUGUGAUAAUUUACCAACCAAACUUCUCAGUAAAAGUGUGUUCUUCUAUAAACAGUGGAGCUCUCUGAUUGAAUCACUGUAGACUGUUCGGGGAACGGCCGCGAUAUGCUUAAAUACGCCACAAACUCUAAAAGUACGUCAAUUGAAGUGGGGUUAAUGUCACCAAGUUUGGCUGAUGUUCGGCAUUUACCAGAGGGAACCGGUUUUGGUCGGUUUUCAGACAUGAACGUAAACAUCUUUGAGAGAUGUCUUAAAUCGGCAGUAUUUUGAACGGGGUUUGGUGCGCAGUCAAACUCGAGUGGGACUAACACUGAAUACUUAGCUCAGCGGGCGUUUAUCUCCAAUAUUAUCAUCCCUUACUGUUGAUUUUACGGCAGUAAACCGAACACAGGUCGACAAAGAUCGAUAUUAAAGCCUGAUUAUUGAUCUGUGAUGGUUUUUUUUGGUGUUCCUGAGCGGUGGUAAACGGAGCAGUUGCUAGCAUGCUAAGCUAACAGCGGUGUCAGUGGCGUUGCAUCAGCAUCAGUCCGGACUGAGCCGAACACACCUGAGAGGGGUUCACCUGGAUUUAUAACAAGAUACUGUUGAAAUGACCAAACACUGACCGAAGAUAUACAAGUUCUUCUUCUUAUAUCCUAUAUAAACAUACUCUUUAUCUGACGGUUCAUGUUCCUCUCUGGGUCACUUUAUUAACGGAGAAUAAAUCUCAUUAUUAAUGAACUUCUUCGGUAAACUGGACCUGUUCAGGUGUUUUCCUCUCCUCUAUCAUCAUCAUUUUACAGAAAUUAGAAUCAGUUGACCAUAAAAUAACGUCUUACAGCAUUUUAACCUCUAAUCAGGACAUGAUUAAUCCUGACUUUAUUCAGCUCUGAAUUCAGGAUCUGUUGAACAUUUUUAUUUAAAAUGUCAAACUUCGCUGAACUUAUUAGCAUUUUUAAUCCAAACUGACGGAAAUACUAUUUCUGAAUCCAUAAUGAAAACUAUUGCAUUUAUUGACUGAAAUCUGAAAAAUGAACUUAUAAAACUGUGAAACAUCUCCAGCUUUAAAUGACUUAAAAACAUUAUUUCAGUUUAUUUAAAGCAUAAACACAGAGGGGAGAGAAGCAGGAGGGGGAGAGGAGGAGCAGGGAGAGGAGGAGAGAGAGGGGAGCAGGGAGAGGAGAGAGGCUCCAGACCAGGAGAGCUCACAGCCUGUCGGUUUUAACAGAGGGUCGUUGGUCUGUAUCUUCAUCAAAUUCAAGUCUUGAUGUUUUUUCAAAGCUUUUAAAGACUGAGUGAUUUUUGGAUCUGCAGCCUGUGAUUAACUGUAAACAGUAAAAGAGCUCAGAGUUGUGUGUCUGGGUGUUUUUAUGUCGUAAUCUUUUGUCUAAACUCGCUCCGUGGACGAAUUCAUGAAUCCUGAAAAAAAUCUGAGGAUGAAAUGUUUAAAGUUUAAAUCUGAAAUAAUCUCUGAGGCUCUCACAGAUAUGAUUUAUGUUUGGAGUCAUUGUGCUGUGAGCCUCCAGGCUGUGUGUGUGUGUGUUACUGUGUGUGUGUGUGUGUGUGUGUGUGAAGCAUCGAUGACAUCAUGGUUUUAAGUGGAGAGCAGAGCAGAGGACAGAGAAGGAGAGAUACGACCACAGAGCUGCUGGUUUGAAUCCUUCAGCCUCAGUGAUGGUGUCUCUGUGGUGACGGUGUCUCUGUGGUGACGGUGUCUCCAUGGUAGCAGUGUUUCUGUGGUGAACUAACUGUAAAAAGGUGACUCCCGUACUGGCAGGAGGCAGAUAACAGUCAGCUGGUUGUUCCUGUGAGGGAGAUCAUACAGGUGUACCUCAGCUGCGGGUGUCAGGGUCCCAAAAGUGGAGAGGACUUCAUCAUAAGAAACAACAAUUAAACUUCAUAUUCAGGGAAUGAGGUGAACACUCACCAGAUGGAGCUUCUUAGUCCUUGACUGGUGGUCAGAUAUUUAUCCAAACAUCAUCGCCAUGGGUUUCCCUGCCGAGCGCCUGGAGGGAGUCUACAGGAACAACAUCGACGACGUCGUACGGUACGAAAACCGUUCAUGUCAGCGGCGGCGGUUUGGAGAUGCUGCGUUCAAAGACACUAAAUGUCUGUUUGUUUGUUUUUGUCUCGCAGGUUUUUAGACUCGAAGCACAAGAAUCACUACAAGAUCUACAAUCUGUGAGUCCUCAAACCUUCUUCUACUCACUGAUUAUUUUCAGAUGUGGGUUUAUCUUCACAUCCAGAACCUUCAGUGUCCCAGUCUGGAGAGGGUCUGCAGACAGUCCAGCAUAACCUCACGGUUCAGGAGUCCAGUUUCCCGACAUACAGGGUCAAAAUCCUCAGACUCCUGCAGGGAAACACGUCUGAUAGGAGUGGAGGUUGAAUUGUUGUCUCCUUUAACAGUUUGUUCCUCAUUUUGGAGAAAGAAACGAGUCUGAACUCUCUCUCCUCCUCCUGUGCUCCUGCCGUCCUGGUUAGCCGGGUUUUUGUGUGUUUUGGGAGAACUUGGAACCAGUUUGAGAAUUUAGUAAAAGUUUUAAAAGUGAGAAAAUGUUCCUGAGUUAGUGAGCGUGAGGCCUCGGUCAGCUGUGAAAGACUGGGCUGGUCGUGCAGAAGGUUUUUUUUUGAUUGAAGUUUAUUUUGAAAAUAAAAACCAAAAAUAUGAAAAGUUUUGCAAAAUAUUUUAACAUAAAACAGAUUUACAUAUUUGAGAAGAAGUGAGAAGAGGAAUAACUUGUGAACUCUGACCCCUCCCGGAAAUAAGAAUUGUGCGUGUAAAUCUGGUGUUUCUGUGUUCUGAUUGGUCGUCAGUGACUGUAGUGAUGUUUUAACCCAAACCUCAGCCCAGUUCCUGGUCCUCCUCUGAUCCCACUUCACUCUGACUCUCCUCCUCAGGUGUGCUGAGAGACAUUAUGAUGCUGCCAAGUUCAACUGUCAAGGUAACGCUGACCUCUGACCCCUCUCCCCGUCUUCAUGAUGGCGCCCCGCAGGUGUGUCAGGUGUCUCACAGCUCUCUUUGUGCCCCUCAGUGGCUCAGUACCCCUUCGAGGACCACAACCCGCCCCAGCUGGAGCUGAUAAAGCCGUUCUGCGAGGACCUGGAUCAGUGGCUGAGCGAGGACGAGCAGCAUGUCGCCGCCAUCCACUGCAAGGCGGGAAAAGGGCGAACGGGCGUGAUGAUCUGCGCCUACCUGCUCCACCGAGGGAAGUUCCAGGAAGCUCAGGAGGCGCUGGACUUCUAUGGAGAGGUCCGCACCCGGGACAAGAAGGUACGAGAACACGGGUCUGGGUCUAAUGUAGAGUUUUUAGUCAGCUGAUGGGGGACUAGACUGCAGAAACCAGAUCCACCAAAAACCAGGAGAAACAUCUGCACAGGGAUCAAACCCUGGAGCUUCAACAACCUUCAUGAUGGACUCUGGUCUGAGGACCUGAUUGAGCACUGUGGCGGUGGUCGUCUCCUGUUGAUGAUGUGUGUGUUUGUGCGUUCUCAGGGCGUCACCAUCCCCAGUCAGCGGCGUUACGUCAUCUACUACAGCUUCCUGCUGAGGAACCAGCUGCUCUACAAACCCGUGGCUCUGCUCUUCCACAAGAUGCUGUUUGAGACCAUCCCCAUGUUCACCGGAGGAACCUGCAGUGAGUCUGAGAGUGUGUGUGUGUGUGUGUGUGUGUGUGUGUGUGUGUGUCUGUGUGUGUGUGUGUGUGUGUGUGUGUGUGUGUGUGUGUGUGUGUGUGUGUCUGUGUGUGUGUGUGUGUAACUGACUGUCUUUAUUUAUAAUUUUAUCAUUGAUUUUGAUUUGAAUUUGAUGAUGUCUCUCACUUUUUAGCCUGCCUCUCUUCUCUCCUCUCCUCUCUUCUCUCCUCUCUCCUCUACACUCUCCUCUCUUCUCCUCUCCUCUCUCUCCUCUCCUCUCCUCUCUCUCUCCUCUCCUCUCCUCUCCUCUCCUCUCCUCUCCUCUCCUCUCCUCUCCUCUCCUCUCUUCUCCUCUCCUCUCUCCUCUCCUCUCUUCUCCUCUCCUCUCCUCUCCUCUCCUCUCUUCUCCUCUCCUCUCUCCUCUCUCCUCUUCUCUCCUCUCUCCUCUCUCCUCUCCUCUCCUCUCCUCUCCUCUCCUCUCCUCUCCUCUCCUCUCCCCUCUCCUCCCCUCUCCUCUCCUCUCCUCUCCCCUCUCCUCUCUCCUCUCCUCUCCUCUCCCCUCUCCUCUCUCCUCUCCUCUCCUCCGAUCAUUGAACAGUUUUAUUUUCUUUCGUUCGUUUCAGACCCCCAGUUCGUGGUGUACCAGCUGAAGGUGAAGAUCCACACGUCUAACCCCACCCACACACGGCGGGAGGACAAACUCAUGCUGUUUGAGUUUCCACAGCCACUUCCUGUCUGCGGAGACAUCAAGGUGGAGUUUUUCCACAAACAGAACAAGAUGAUGAAGAAGGUGAGGAGAUGUGAUGAAGAAGAAGAGCUUUAAUGAGAGUCCUCUGUGUGAGUCAGUAAAUGAGCUGCUGUGGAGGUUUUAACCUGAUAAAACAGGAAAAGAGAAAACCACACCUGGGGGGUCGAAAGGUUCCUGUCCUCUUCCUCGAGCCUCUGAAACCACCGACUGGAGCGGAAAGAUGGACGACAGUCUGAGUCUGACCUCCAACAUCCUCUGAAUCCAGAUCGGCUACCAAAAAAACGUAUCUGCUGAUCGUAGCGGAUCGUAACCAUUCAAGUUAACGUGUCAAUUUCAACUGGCCUUUUUCAAAAUAAAACAUCCGUCUUCUUUUCAAAAUAAAACACUCCGUGUUUCAGGAGGAUCGUAUUUCACUCCAUGCAAACGGGCGGAGACGAACAAGUGAAAGGUUUUUAGACGUCGUUUUCACGUCUAUGUGUCUGUCUUUAAAGAGACGACUCGUUAUCGCGCGAUCUUGUGAGUUCUCACGAUUCCUGCCUGUAAUUUGCCGAUAAAUUCGCCUCACAAACAGAUCUGGUAGGAAUUGGCGUACGGCGAAAAUUGCUGCCGUUCCGGAUCGGAGCCAUUCCGGGUGCAGGUCAGGGUUCGUCUCAGACGUCUUUCUUUGUGUCCAAUCAGCUCAGCCGUUUCUCUGUCCAGGUGUCGGUCAGGUACGAGGACACCACAGAGGUGACUCUUUCCUCUGCUGACUUCUGAUUGGACGAUACGACUCUGACUACAAACAGAUUUUAUAAGAUUUUAUCCUGUAACUCGGGACUUUCGUCUUUCAGGAAAAGAUGUUCCACUUCUGGGUCAACACCUUCUUCAUCCCGGGUCCGGAGGAGAACCUCGACAAACUGGAGAACGGCAGCGCGGGGGCUCCACGGGAACCUGCCGACAGGACGCAGCCGAACCCUGGGAUGAUGACCCCGAUGACGCUGAUGGGAGGAGAAACCAACGACAGAGACUACCUGGUUCUCACCUUGACCAAGAACGACCUGGACAAAGCGAACAAGGACAAGGCGAACAGGAACUUCUCCCCGAACUUCAAGGUGAGGCGUGUCUCCUGUCAGGUGUUUCCUCAGGUGGUUCAUCCUCAGGAUUCCUUCUGGUUCACCCUCUGUUUUCAUUUUUAGGUGAAACUUUAUUUCACCAAGACGGUAGAGGAAGGAGCUAACUGUGACGCCAGCAGCACCGCCUCGGUUACGCCAGAUGUUAGCGACAACGAGCCCGAUCACUACCGCUACUCCGACACGACAGACUCGGACCCGGAGAACGAGCCUUUCGAAGAGGACCAUCACAAUCAGAUCACGAAAGUCUGA